AUGAGUCCUGCUACAACAGAUAUUUCCAGGUCGCAAUUAUCUGCUGCCGUCGCCAAUCUCGCGAUCAAGAUCAGAGAUUUGGAUGAAAAUUACAAUUUUUAUUCCUAUAAUCCAAAUUUUGGAGGCAAUGACUUGUUCCAUACUAUAUAUAUGUUGAUAUUUUGGUACACUGUAGGAAUGUUGUAUUACUCAAGAUAUUGGUGGUACAAUGUGACAUUCAUUUGUGGGUUUGCUUUGGAAGGUAUUGGUUAUUUGGGAAGAGUGUUGUCUCAUAAUAAAGGUGAUGUGCUUAGCUACUACAUUAUGCAAUCAAUAUGUUUGACUAUUGCACCUGCAUUUAUAAUGGCCGGUAUUUACUUUUUAUUUGGCCAGCUUGUUGUUAUACAUGGAAGACAAUAUUCGUUUUUGAAGCCAAUGUGGUAUUCGUAUUUCUUCAUUGGCAGUGACAUUUUUUCAUUGCUAGUACAAUCAUCUGGUGGAUCUCUUGCUUCUACAGCAAGCAGCGGUGGCGGUAGUGCUCAAAUGGGUUUGAAUAUUACUGUUGCAGGAAUAGUGUUGCAGGUAAUUGCAAUGACUGUGUUUUUAGGGUUCUGGUUUGAGUUUUUGAACAGAGUUUACUUUAAACAUGCUGAGAGUUAUGAUUAUAACCAACAAGGAUAUAAAGUACCAAUGACUAGAUCGUUUGGUAACUUUAUAAGAUUUUUGUUCAACACCAAAUCAGUUAGACAAUAUAGGCAUGAGCACUUGGAACAAUUUUACAACAAGAAAUUUGCAUCCAUUAGACAAAACAAAUUGUUUGACUGGAUGCCAUUGGCGAUGACCAUUUCAGUUGUCGCGAUCUACAUUCGUUGCAUAUACAGAGUCGUGGAGUUGGCUAUGGGUUUGGACGGUUAUUUAAACACACACGAGCCCUAUAUUUUGGUUCUUGAUGCUACAAUGGUUACUAUUUGUGGAAUAAUAUUUGUGCCUUUUCAUCCGGUCUGGGUUUUUGGUAAAAAGAAUAUUGUGAAAUUGGCCACGAUAAAGAAAAACUUGGAUGAAAGUGAUGAGGAAAUGGGAAGUCACCAUGAAUUAGAUACCGUUUACCGCGAGUACUUUACUCAAGAGUGGGAAAUGGACUCGAACCAAGACAUGGGCAUGAGAGAUGAGCAAAUACACCGUAACGCAUUAUGA